UGUGUGUGGCCUGCAGAUGGCAGCAGUGGUGGCCGAGGCUAGCUCAGCUGAUCAGUGUUGGUGUUACAGCUGACUGGAGGUUUACCUGUGUGAAAAUGUUAUCCUCUCUGGCUAGGGCCCUCACCUCCACCUCGGUGCGGAGUGUUCGUAAUGUGCAUAGAAGUGCUGCUGCCUGUAGUGAUAGCCUCUUUGUGCACCGAGACUCUGCAGACAACAAUGUUGAUACACCAUUUGAGUUUACUGCAGAAAAUUUGAAGCGAGCUCAGGCAAUCAUAUCGAUCUACCCAGAUGGUCAUAAAAAAGCUGCUGUUAUUCCCUUGUUGGACCUGGCACAACGUCAGGUUGGGAACUGGCUCCCAAUAACAGCUAUGCAUGAAGUGGCCAAAUUAUUAGACAUGCCAAGGAUGAGAGUAUAUGAAGUUGCAACUUUCUACACCAUGUUUAUGAGAAAUCCUGUAGGCAAAUACCACAUCCAAGUAUGCACAACCACCCCUUGCUGGCUGCGAGGCUCAGAUGAUAUUAUGGUCACCAUCCAUGAGAAGCUUGGUCUUAAGCCAGGAGAGACAACAAAAGAUGGCCUCUUUACACUUUCUGAGGUUGAGUGCCUCGGAGCAUGUGUCAACGCACCCAUGAUGCAGAUCAAUGAUGACUACUAUGAAGACCUAGCAGUAGCUGACACAAAGGAAAUACUCGACACCUUGACUGCUGGGAAGAAGCCUAAAGCUGGGCCUCGAAAUGGUCGCUUUGCUGCUGAACCUGCUGGAGGUCUCACAUCUCUCACUGGUCCCCCUCCAGGCCCAGGAUUCAUGGUUCGAGAUGACUUGUGAAGUUCACAACAGAGUUAUGAACGUUGACAUCAUCAAUUGGAUUCUCCACUGGUUUGUAAUAUUGUCUAUAUGAUUUUAUGAACUAAUUGAUGGAAAAAAAGUGUGAGUCUUAUGUAAAUAGUUUCAUAAAGUUGUAAUCAACCAU